UUCACGCAUGCGUGGACCAAUCGUGUAAUAGGAGAAAAACAAGAUGGCGUUUCAUGAAGAAGACGUUAGCGUGUUUCUAAUAGUUUUGUCUUCUUAAUCAGUGCGUACAUGUACACAUGUAUGUUAUUUGAUAGAGAAAACGUCGUUAAUAUUUGUUUGUGUCCGAUGAUUUGGUCAAAGUGCACUUUGACGUUUUUCGUGCGAGUUUAGCUUGUUACUCAAUUAGCUUAGCAUCUUAGCUGCUAACCCAUCGCUAAGUAGAGCUAAGUGUUGUGAUUGUGUCAAAAUUUGCGAAAGAACGUACAAAAAGGAAAUUUCUUCAACAAAAGAGUAGAACGAGCGACAACAUCAAAUACUGGACGCUGUUUUCAACAAACAUCAAGUUGUGUUACACGGAGCAGAUGUCCAUCAGCCUCCUCACAUAAAAGAGGAAGAGGAGGAGUUGUGGGUCACUCAGGAGGAGGCUGAUCUCACCAUGUUUCCACUGACUGUUGUCUCUGUGAAGACUGAAGACCGUGAAGACAAACCACCUGAGUCCUCAUGUCCAAAUGUCUGUAAAGAAGAUCUUCCCGAGCAGCAGGAAUGGUCCCCUAGGAUGAAGCAAGAGGAGCCACAGCCAACCCACUUUAAGGGGGAAGAUGAGGACCCUCAGCCUUCACAAAUUAAAGAGGAAGAAGAAGACCCGCAGCCACUUCAUUUUAAAGAGGAAAAUAAGGAGCCACAACCCCCACUUUUUAAAGAGGAAGAUGAGGAACUGCAGCCCCUUAUGGUAAAAAAGAAGAUGAUAAGCAACAAUGUCCUGCCCCACAUUAAAGAGGAAGAGGAGGAACACAGCAUCAGUCAGGAGAGACAUUAUCUUGAAGGACGGGAGGAGGUUGACUUCACCAAGGUGCCAUUGACUGUUGUGAUUGUGAAGAUAGAAGAUGAUGAGGUCAAAGGUGAAAGUGAGGAGAGGAGAGAAGUGGAUUUUCUAAGUAGCAGCUCAACUCAACACAUGACAACAGAAUCUGAUGGAGACCACUGUGGAGGAUCAAGGGCAGACAAGCUCUUAGCUCCACUAUCAGAUAGUGACGACACAACAUCACACUCUCCUGACUCAGAUGAUGAAGACUCUGAUGCUGAUGAGACACGUCACACUGACAACACACGCUUUAAAUGUUCUCACUGUGACAAAACCUUUAAUUACCGGUGCAAUCUGAACUCACACAUGAGAAUACACACCGGAGAAAAACCAUUCAUGUGCUCCAUUUGCAAUAAAAGAUUCUCUCGGAAGGAUUAUUUGAUAACACACACCAGUAUGCACACAGGUGAAAAACCACUUGUAUGUUCAGUCUGCGGUAAAGGUUUUGUGCAAAUUCGUAAUCUGAAAGUACACAUGAGGACACACACAGGAGAAAAACCUUUUACGUGUUCCGUCUGCGGUAAAGGUUUUUCUCAAAAUUGUGAUCUGAAAAGACACAUGAACUCACACACUGGAGACAAACCAUUCGCGUGUUCAAUUUGUAGUAAAAGGUUCACCCAGAAAAGAAGCUUGAUUAAGCACACAAGAGUACACACCGGCGAAAAACGUUUUGUGUGUUCAGUCUGUGAUAAAUGUUUUAUACAAAAUGGGGAUUUGAAAAGACACAUGAGAAUACACACUGGAGAGAAAAUGGUGAGUUGCAGUGUGUGUAAGGAAAGAUUUGCUUAUAAGUACCAGUGUGACAAACACAAGUGUGCUGGUGAGAACAGCAGCAGCCAAUGAUGCUGCAGAAUUAAAAGAAGAAAAAAAUGGUGUUAACAUUGACUUUCUAACAACAUCCACACAUAUAACAAGUGUGACAUAAUUGUAUUACAUGCAACACAAUCUUGUUAAUAUGCUUUUACCAUUUAUAGAUUUGAUUUUUAGCAUUAGUGGUAUUAUUGGUAUUGUUAUUAUACAAUAUUGUGUACAUAUAUUUGUAAACAAUUAUUUUAUGUACCCUUGUUUCAUGUUUUUUUUAAUAAAAUAAUGUAAUAUGU